UUCACUACGUCUACAAGGAAAUAUGUGCAAGUUCCAUUCAGCUGACUCAUAAAGGGACUUUUAGAACACAAUUCAAUUUAUGAAGUGCUCCUUAAGCCCUGACAACCAUUGUGAAGAUGGAAGUAUGAAUAUGGCAACCUUCCUACGGGGCUUUGAAGAAAAGGGGUUAAAGAACGACAGGCCUGGGGACCAGUUCAAUAAAGAGAAGAAGAAGAUUCUCUUCUCCUUUUGUGAUGUGUGCAACAUCCAGCUAAACUCUGCAGCCCAGGCCCAGGUCCAUUAUGAUGGCAAAUCCCAUCGAAAGCGGGUCAAGCAGCUGAGUGAUGGGCAGCCUCCGCCCCCAGCCCAGGGCUCAGGGCCGCUGCUUGCCAGCUCUUGCCCUUGCCCUGGAGCAAACACCAGCACAGGCAGUGCAUGUCACACUACAACCCUUCCUGCUCUCGUGCGCACACCCACCCUGAUGAUGCAGCCUUCGCUGGACAUCAAACCAUUUAUGUCUUUUCCAGUGGACAGUAGCUCUGCUGUCGGGCUCUUUCCAAAUUUUAACACAAUGGACCCUGUGCAGAAAGCUGUCAUUAACCACACGUUUGGAGUCUCCAUUCCCCCAAAGAAGAAGCAAGUUAUUUCUUGUAAUGUCUGUCAGCUUCGCUUUAACUCGGAUAGCCAGGCCGAGGCCCACUACAAAGGAAGUAAACAUGCCAAGAAGGUCAAAGCACUAGAGGCAACGAAAAAUAAACCCAAAAUGGUUUCUUCCAAGGACAGCGCAAAGGCUAAUCCCAGCUGCUCCAUCAGGCCAAUCACAGGCGACAGCUCUGACAAAUCAGACGACAAAGGGAAACUAAAAGCCACCAGUUCCACUCAGCCCUCGGGCUCUGAAGGAGGCUCCUUUCUCCUCAAAUCUGGAACAGGACCCCUGCCACCUGCAGCCAUCACUUCUCCCUCCAAGAGCACAAAUGGCGCUCCAGGGUCUGUUGCUGAAUCAGAAGAAGAAAAAGCCAAAAAAUUACUCUAUUGCUCACUAUGCAAAGUGGCUGUGAACUCUCUGUCACAGCUGGAGGCACACAACACAGGAUCUAAACACAAGACCAUGGUUGAGGCUCGUAAUGGAGCUGGUCCAAUUAAGUCCUAUCCAAGACCUGGGUCAAGAUUAAAGAUGCAGAAUGGCAGUAAGGGUUCAGGACUACAGAACAAGACAUUUCAUUGUGAAAUCUGUGAUGUGCAUGUUAACUCAGAAAUUCAACUCAAACAGCACAUUUCAAGCCGAAGGCAUAAAGACCGAGUGGCAGGAAAACCAUUGAAGCCGAAAUACAGCCCCUACAACAAGCUCCAGAGGAGCCCAAGCAUUUUAGCCGCAAAGCUUGCAUUCCAGAAAGAUCUGAUGAAGCCUCUGGCCCCAACUUUUCUUUCCUCUCCUCUGGCGGCUGCAGCUGUGUCCUCUGCACUGUCCCUACCACCUCGGCCAUCUGCCUCUCUGUUUCAGGCUGCAGCCAUCCCUCCUGCCCUGCUGAGGCCUGGCCACGGGCCCAUCCGUGCCACUCCUGCCUCCAUCCUCUUUGCCCCUUACUAAAUACUUGCAGCCCGCAACAGGCCAGGCCAGUGGAAAGGUAUAGAAGAAAAGCCCAAAGGAUUCAGCAGUGUAAGCUUUGUGUGUGACUGUAAGCACCCCACCCACCCACUUACAAAGUGCAGGCCACCGCCCAGCCCAACCUCCAAAGACAAAAGGAGGCCAGGCUCAAGGGCACUGUUCCCCUACUUCUUGUGCCCCCUCGGUCCUACCCCAGCCAAUUGGUGUACCUGAGAUAUUUAAGUUUCGUGAAAAUAUAUUGAUCAAAAAAAAAGAAAGAAAGAAAGAAGGAAAGAAGGAAAGAAAAGAAAACUGACCUCUGUAUUCCCAUGGAUGUGAUCUGGCUUAGAAACAAAAUGGAUUCUCUUCCUGACAGACUUGAACAGUAGACUCUUCCUCGGAUGUCUGUAAAUAACUCCAGAAUCCAAGCGGGCAUAUUCUAGUGUGGAACAAAAGUCCAUCGCAAGUGCUUAAUUGUGGAUACCAUCUUCCCCAUGGAUCAUGGCAUUUUUCUCUCUGGUGUACUAGUGUCCACAGGGACUGUGUACUGUUCUAGACCUGAGUACUGUUGUAUCCCGUGUAGUACUAGAUUGUAACUCUUGUCGAAUUAAAUUUUUUUUAUUGCUGUGUAAUUGUUAGGAAGCAAAGUAGCUUUGGAAUCCUUUCUCUUUAAGAGAACAAAAGAUAAUGUAUUUUCUUUAUUUCAUGUUUUAUUUGGAGAUAUUUAAAUGAAAUAGAAAGCCAUAUAACAUAGCUAUAAUUACUACCUGUUUGCUAUUUUUGUUUUAACUUAUUUUUGUAGCACCCUCACUGGUUUGAGUUGCUAAGCAAAUGUAUACAGAAACAAAAAGAGCUUCCUAAUUGCACAUUUUUUUUUUGCACCUUCUGUGCAUCUGCAAGAAGACAAUGAAUCCGUGUAUUUCUACAUAAUGAUCUUCAUUUGAAACUCUUGUUUUUCAUUUGUAAUGAUGCUACAUACCUCUGUGGCUCCCUGAUGCAAUAAUGUACAGAAGAUAUAUAAUUUAUAAUUGAACAAUCUGUCUUUCUGUUCAGUGACUGCGUCACAGGUCAUGUGACUAUGCCCUUCUCCCUACCCCCCCAAAAAAAACAACUGAUGUUAAGACUGGAAUGUUUGUGAUAUCAGGGGCAAGAGGUAUCAUAAAACAACACAUAGCGUGAUCUCUUUUAGAGGGCCUAUAUCUGCAAUGUAAAUGGUAAAAUGUCUGUGUAUUUUUUUAAAUGUACCUUUUCAAUAA